GGGAGCAGGGGUGCUGCGGCUGUCCGUUGGGCCGCGCCGCACGGCACCGCCGCCAUGGAGACGCUGUACCGCCUGCCCUUCGCCGUGCUCGAGUGCCCCAACAUCAAGCUGAAGCGGCCGAGCUGGGUGCACAUGCCUUCGGCCAUGACCGUUUACGCGUUGGUGGUGGUGUCCUACUUCCUCAUCACCGGAGGGAUUAUCUAUGACGUGAUUGUGGAACCUCCCAGCGUGGGGUCGAUGACAGACGAACACGGGCAUCAGAGGCCGGUGGCCUUCUUGGCAUACAGAGUAAAUGGGCAAUAUAUUAUGGAAGGGCUUGCAUCCAGCUUCCUCUUCACAAUGGGCGGCCUGGGAUUCAUAAUUCUGGAUCGAUCCAAUGCACCAAAUAUCCCCAAGCUGAAUAGGUUUCUUUUGCUCUUUAUUGGAUUUGUCAGCGUGCUUUUGAGCUUCUUCAUGGCUAGAGUUUUCAUGAGGAUGAAAUUACCGGGCUACUUGAUGGGUUAGUACCUCUUGUGGUAUAUGAAAGAGCUGAAUUUACUCCUCUUCGUGAAGUGUUUAAGAAGAAGCAGCAAGAAACAAAUUCCAUAGUCACCAUCAACAGGAAAGAGACCUGGCCAUGAGAAACAACUAGGGAAAGAGUGCUUUCUCUGCAAACAAACUCUCACUACCAAUGGCUGAUUUGUAGUUUUGAAGCAAUGUUUUACCCUUUCUGUUUUAGAGCUUUUGAAAAGAGCAAGUUACCUAGCUGGGUUUUUCUUUUAUAUCCCAACUCAGUAUGAAAUAGAGAACCUAUCUUUAGCUCUACCUGAAAUGAGUAUUAGCCAUUGGCUUGACAGUUCUUUGUUGCAGGUCUGUCUCCUCUUCCCUGUGUGGAGCAAUUAUAUGUGUGAAUUGGAGAAGAAACACCUGAAAUGUUUCUUUCCAAGUUAUAAUUAGAAAAUCACUAACUUUGGAUGCUUUACAGUCAAAAUACAAUGUGUCUGAAAUGAUUUAAAAGGCACCUUUUGCCUUGAUAUUAAUGGCUCUAUGUGAGCAAAUCCAGACAUGCACUGGGAAAGGCAAACUGUAUGAAUGUGCAUUUCUUUUUGAAAAAGUGUACGAAAGGAGCCAAAUAAAACUUAUUUUCUACAAAAUUCUUUGAAUUCUAUGCAGUUUCUGAAGGUUUUUCUUGUGUGCAUAGCCUGUUGUACAUCCAGGCUUGAGAUGCCAUACCAUUACUACAUAAUUUCAGCUUUAUUUUUCACUAUUAGGUAAUAAUUUUUUUUUUUUAAAUAUCAGGGACAAGAAACCUCAUAUUUUCCAUGAACUUGUACUGUAUCCAAACAACAUACUGUUAUCAGUAGCCAAGAAAACUUACUUCUGAAGCUGCUGCUUUUUUGUGUGAGAGGGAAGGCUCCAACUUAUUUUGUCUUCAUUUUAACAGAUUGAAUAUUACUAUCACCUUUCAUU